AUGAUGGUGUGGAUUGCCGGCUCUGCCCUGCUGGUUUCUCUUUGCCGCCCUGGAGAGGAGCCCAGCCUAAACCGAAGCGAGUGCAUCCAAUGCCCCCAAGGCUACUUCUCCACCCUGUGCAGCGCCCAGUGCGAGCUGUGCCCAGCAGGCACUUAUUGCCCCUACAGGGGCAUGUCCCAGCCAGUGGCAUGUGGCGUGGGGCAGUACACUGAUAAAGAAGGACAAAGCUCAUGUAAGAGCUGCGAGGGCAGUGUGGCAUGUGGAGGGGCAAUAGGGGCAGGUCGGGCAGGUGGUCAGCCCAGGGUCAGAGCCGAGGUGCAGCUGCGCUCCGGGACCAAGACACCCGUCUCCUGUCCCCCUGGCACACAUCGAGAUGGAGUAGGUCCUGGCUGCCAUCCAUGUCCUCUUGGACAUUACUGUGUGGGAGGUGUUGCCAUGCAGUGCCCCGCUGGAAGAUACGGGCCUAAAGAGGGACUCCAGCGAGAGAGAGACUGCGUCAUGUGUCCCGCAGGGUUUUACUGCCUGGAGGGCACUUCCCGGAGGCCUGGGUCUCAGUUUCUAUGCCCACAAGGCUAUUAUUGUGAGGAGGGCACUGCUGUGCCACACGGGUCACCAUGCCCGGCUGGUACAGCAGGAGGACAGCUGGGUCAAACAAGCAGAGCCGCCUGCAACAGGUGUGCAGAGGGUCGCUACUGUCCUGCAGGCUCUGCAGGCCCUGGCUUGCUCUGUGCCCGAGGGAGAUACUGCCCAGCAGGCACUGUUGUAGAGGUUCGGUGCCCACGAGGCACCUUCACGCCUCAUCAAGGAGCUCUAAGUGUGAAGGACUGUCUGAAGUGCCCGGGAGGUUUCUACUGCCCAGAGGGCACAAGUGACCCCUUGCCCUGCCAGCCAGGCACAUUUAACCCAUUAGAGGGGCAGGAUGCACUGGCAGACUGCAGGCCAUGCUACCCGGGCAAGGCCUGUACACAGGUGGCAUUGAAGUCACCUGACGUUGACUGCAUGCCGGGAUUUGUAUGCCCGCCUGGCACUGCGCGACCAAAUGACCCUGCCAACGCGUGCCCACCCGGAACCCUGAGCAAUCAGACAGACCUGACGGACCGCUCCCAGUGCCAUAGGUGCCCGGCCCGCUAUGCCUGCCUGCGAGGCACUGGUGGCAUACAGAGGCCCCCACUCUCAUGCUUCCCCGGGCAUUUCUGCCCAGCUGGAACGAUGUUUCCCACCCAGCAUAAGUGCCCGGCAGGCACCUGGAGUGAGCGCAGUGGGCUGGAGUCGGAGAAUGAGUGUCGGCCCUGCCCGCGAGGAUGGUACUGCCUGCCAGGUGUCGGCACUCCAUCUGGAAGGUGCACCUCGGGGCACUACUGCCCUGAAGGCACUCUGUACGGAACACAGUUCCCCUGCCCUCGGGGCACCUACAGCACAAAGAUGGGCAAUGGAGGAAAGGAAAACUGCAUAGUAUGCCCUGAAGGAUAUUACUGUAAGGAAGGCACCUCCAAGCCUACAGCCUGCCCACCGGCAACGUUUCGCCAGAUGAAAGGAGGCCAGCGACUGGAGGAUUGCUUUGUAUGUCCAGCUGGCUAUUCCUGCCCCCACGCAGCCACGGUCAACCCCAGAGUGUGUGGGACUGGCAGUUACUCUGACGAGGGCUCAGAGGAAUGUCUGCCGUGCCUCCCAGGUCACUACUGCAGUGAUGAAACCACCAGUGAGGAGGCCAUGCGCAGGGUGAUGGUCUGCCCACCAGGCUUCCUCUGCUCUAAAGGCUUGGACCGGGAGCCCCAGCGCUCGGCCAUUCUCUGCCCUAUAGGUUUCUACUGCCCUGGGGGUGGUAUUAACCCCAAUCCCAUAGCAUGCCCCAAUGGCACAUACAGUGACCAGCCCGGGCUACGCCAACCCUCAGACUGCACCAUGUGUCCAGUGGGGAGGUACUGCUUCUCACCGCAGCCUCAGGAACAGCCCAUAACCCAACCAACUGGGGGCUGUCCUGAUGGCUAUUACUGUCCUCUGGGCACUGGUCAUCCUCUCUCGUUCCCAUGUGAGUCAGGAUUCUUCAGAAACGAGUCCCACGGGCACAGCGGAGGCGCUUGUGAGAAAUGUCCAGCCGGACAUUACUGCGCCGGUGUGGCAACACGCACGCCUUCGGUCUGCCCAGAGGGCUUUUUCUGUGUGGAGGGGAGCUCUUCCCCAGUGCCGUGUGAGGAGGGCACCUAUAGCUCUCGGCCAGCUUUGCAUGAGGCCUCAGAAUGUACCCCUUGUGGCGGGGGCAAGUACUGCACUGGAGUGGGCAGAAAAGAAUCUUCAGGGGUUUGUCAGAGAGGAUUCUACUGCAGACAAGGAUCUACUAGUGCUACACCUCUUGAUGGGCACACCGGAGGCCUGUGCCCUCCAGGCAGUUUUUGCCCACCAGGCUCUGCACACCCACAGCCCUGCCCAUCAGGAACCUUCAGCAACAGCACAGGCCUGACACACGAGAAACAGUGCAUCCGAUGUCCUGCAGGUUAUUACUGUUUAGGGUCAAACUUGACCUCUCCGACUGGACUGUGCUCUGCGGGCUACUAUUGCACUGGCGCUUCUACAACUUCUAUUCAGUAUCAAACUGAUAAAGGUCACUACUCUCCAGAGGGAGCAGCAACAGCCAUGCCCUGCCCUUUGGGCACUUUCCAACCAGGAAAAGGCCAAAGUUCAUGCCUUGAGUGCCAGCCGGGUCGACUGUGCAACCUGACAGGCCUGUCCCAGCAGCCUCUAUGCCCAGUAGGACAUUACUGCCCAGUUGGGUCUUCAAAUGCGCAUCCCUGUCCCCCUGGAACCUACGGGGCAAAUCCAGGAGCAGAGAAGGUGCAGCACUGUGGCCCCUGUGACGCCGGGCAGUACUGCCACAUUCCUGGCCUCUCUGCCCCUCAGGGACCCUGUGAGCCCGGAUUCUACUGUAGCGGCGGAGCCAACACCGCCACUCCGGUGAACUUCAGGUUCGGAGACGUUUGUCCUGCGGGUUAUUACUGCCCCAAAGGCACCAAGCACUCGCGUCAGUACCCCUGCCCCCCUGGCACCUGGGGCAAUGUGGUGGGUGCUCAGAACAUGUCGUACUGCUGGCUCUGCCCGGCAGGAUUCUACUGCAACAGCACUGGUCUCUCUCAGCCCACAGGAAUAUGCAGUGCAGGGUUUUACUGUACUGGUGGUUCUAAGACCUCCAUGCCUGAAGAUGGAGUUACAGGAAACAGGUGCCCAGCAGGAUAUUACUGCCCCCAAGGAUGCACUUCACCCCAACACUGCCCUGAUGGCACUUACUCCAACACUACAGGUGCUACAAAGUGCAGCAACUGCCCUCCUGGAUGGCUCUGCCCGGAAGGAGAGGAGGUCCAGCUGUGUCCAGAGGGACAUUACUGCCUGGGGGGCACAGUGGAGGAUGUCCUUCCCUGCCCUCCAGGCACAUACAACUCCAAAGCAGGGCAGAGCCAAGUAGAGCAAUGUUCACUGUGCUCAGCUGGAAAGUACUGUGAGGACUGGGGACUGGUGGAACCAUCUGGUCCCUGCCAGUCGGGGUAUUUUUGUCUAGCAGGCAUAAAUUUCAGGAACCCUGAUGGGAACUUCAGCACUGGGGUGGGGGGGGCAUGCCCUGUAGGCCAUUACUGCCCUGAGGGCAGUAGUCUACCCCUGCCCUGCCCCCUUGGGACCUUCUCAAGCAGCCUGUACACGAGACAGAGCUCAGAUUGCAGUUUGUGCCCCGCGGGGCAGUUCUGUGGCUCCGUAGGCCUGAGCAGGCCUUCUGGACCCUGUCAGGAGGGAUUCUACUGCCCCAGUGGAGCUACCUCCCCCACCGGUUCUGGCACAGAUGGUGGACUCUGUCCUCGAGCUCACUUCUGCCCAGUAAGCAGUGCUAUGCCCCUGCCCUGCCCAGCAGGCAGCUACACCAACCUUACAGGCCAGUUUAGGUGUAGCCCUUGCCACGCGGGAUACUACUGCCCAGAGAACACCAGCAGCUACACCCAGUUCCCGUGUCCGCCUGGCUUCUACUGCCCCAACGGCACGAAGCAUGCCACCCAGUUCCCAUGCCCAAGAGGCUACUAUAACCCUGAGCCUAUGACCCAGAGCCUGGACAGCUGUCUGCCCUGCCCCCCAGGCCACUACUGUGAAAGGGAAAGGCUGACAUCUGUGUCAGGGAAAUGUAAAGCUGGCUGGUUCUGUGUGUCUGCUGCCUGGAGCCCUCAGCCCUUUGAUCUGGACAACUACACCAACGCCAACUGCCUGUGUCCAGCCACCUCCACCGGGGGAAGAUGUCAGGCAGGCUACUACUGCCCGACAGGCAGUUCCGAGCCUGUGUCUUGCCCGCCUGGAGCUUUCUGCAAUGCCACCGGUCUGGCUUUAAUGAGUGGCCCUUGCUCUUCUGGGUAUUACUGCAUCGGGGAGGCAACUGAGCCCAAACCAACAGAUGGCGUUACUGGUGACGUCUGUCCUCCGGGCUUCUACUGCCCUGAGGGCACCAGUGAGCCUGAGCCGUGCCCAGCGGGGACCUUCUCCCCGGCGGCUGGCCUGAAGCGCCAGGCCGAGUGCCAGCCCUGCACGGCUGGUCACUACUGCAGGUCCAGAGGCCUGACGGCUCCCACUGCACGCUGUAGUCAGGGUUACUGGUGUCUGCCCGGUCAGACUGCUGACCUAGCUCUGCCUUGUCCGAUGGGUCACCGCUGCCCCUCAGGAAGCUCCGCCCCAGUUCUGUGCCCCUCUGGGACCUACCAGGACCAGUGGAAGCAAGCCAACUGCAUAAUCUGCGGAGAGGGUUUUUACUGUGAUGAGAACGUCACAGCGGCUAAUGUGUCACUCCCCCAGCCUUGUAUUAAGGGACAUUACUGCCCUAAAGGAACAAGCUAUGCCACUCAGUUCCCUUGUCCUGUGGGUACCUACAACCCGAGGGAGGGCAUGGCCAGCCUAACUGGCUGUCUCCUGUGUCCGUCAGGACACUUCUGCCCUACUUUGGGCCUAGCAGAGCCUGCAGGACUGUGCUUCUCUGGAUACUGGUGUAGGGAGGGCUCCCACACUGCCAGCCCGUCAGGGAGGCUUUCUAUACUGCCCAUCAGGGAGAGCUCCCACACCGCCAGCCCAUCAGCUGCUUCCAUAGGUUCACUUUGUCCGGUUGGACACUACUGCCCUAAAGGCACCAGCAGUCCUGUGCCCUGUCCUGCUGGCACCUGGUCUGACACCACUGGGAUAAAGAGUGAGGAUGAGUGCCAGCUGUGCCCAGGAGGGUUCUACUGUGCCACCGCUGGCCUCAUGGUGCCCUCUGGGCUCUGCUCAGAAGGGUUUUAUUGUGUUGAGAAAGCAAAGAUUCCCACACCUACUGACGGGACCUCAGGAAACGUGUGCCCAGAGGGUCAUUACUGUCCUCGUGGAACCACUCGACCUAUGCCGUGUGAUCCGGGGACUUUUAUGACUGCCACACAGGCCUCUCAGUGCUGGCCCUGUACUGCUGGCUGGUACUGUGUGGACGGGGCUCAGUUACCAUGUCCACAAGGUUUUUACUGUAUGGAGGGCACAGGUUAUGACUGGGUGCCUUGUCCACCGGGGACGUACAGUCCUGACCCAGGCCUGAGGGCACGUUCCCAGUGCAGGGAGUGUAAUGGUGGACACUACUGCGCUCACCAGAACGCCACCUCUGUCUCCGGUCACUGCUCUGCAGGCUAUCACUGCUCUCGAGGAAACAUCUCACCCAAGCCCUCCACAUGGUCUGCAGGAGAAGGCGGACCCUGUCCUGUGGGUUAUUAUUGCCCACAGGGAACCGCUGACCCACAGGCUUGUCCAGAGGGGACUUUUAGCAACAGGACCAGACUAACGUCACAGGACGAGUGCGUGCCCUGCUUGCCUGGCCGGUACUGUAACGCCACCGGGCUGACCUCUCCCACGGGGGAAUGCUGGGAAGGCUUCUACUGCAAACAAGGAGCUUCGCUCCCAAACGCUUUGAACCGAGACAGCCGAGGAGGACCGUGUCCCACGGGUUAUUUUUGUCCCAGAGGAUCCAGCGCUCCACAGACCUGUCCACCAGGAUCUGUUAGCAACAGUGAGGGCCAGGCCAGAUGCAGUCUCUGUCCUCAGGGUUUCUUCUGCCCUGCUAAUGGCUCUGCAGUCGAAGGUAGCGAAUGCCCAGUAGGUCAUUACUGCCCCCCAGGCAGCUCUCUGGAAGAUCAGCAUCCCUGUCCUCCAGGGACUAUUAAUCCAUAUAAAAGAAAGGGCAGUCCGGACGACUGCACACUCUGCCCUCCAGGGUUCUUCUGUGAGGCGUCUGGUCAGGGCACCCCGUCUGGACCGUGUGCCGCAGGACACUUCUGUCUCUCAGGGGCAGUGUCCCCAAUACCGGAAGACGGCGUGACUGGUGACCAGUGUCCUCCUGGGUAUUACUGCCUCUCAGGCUCCUCCUCUCCACAGCCAUGUCCACUAGGUCACUACAGUACCAGAAACAAGAGUACUGAGCUCUCUUCCUGCGUGCCCUGUCCUGCUGGAUUUGCUUGUUCCAACAGGGGGCUCUCCGCUCCCUCUCAUGUCUGCCAUGCUGGGUACUACUGCCCACAAGGCCAGAACUCCAGCCAGCCUGCUGACUAUGUCUGCUCACCUGGCCAUAGGUGCCCUGCACGCAGUCCUGCCCAGAUGGCCUGUGCACCAGGGACCUAUCAGAGCCUACAUGGACAGGCAGAGUGUGUGCUCUGCCUGCCUGGCUUUUUCUGCGCAGGCUCAUUUCAUCCUGGUACAGGGACUAUGGGAGGGUGCAGUACACCUGCCCCAUGUCCUCUGGGGCACUACUGCCCGGCAGGUACACAAUUUGGGGAGGAGUUCCCCUGUCCAGCUGGUACUUACGCUGCUGAGAUAGGCCUGUCGAGUAUGGAGCAGUGUACUCCCUGUCCUGCUGGGCAGUACUGUGGCUCUCCUGGCCUGGCCAGCCCUUCUGGAGACUGCUCUCCAGGGUAUGCGUGUAUGCGAGGCUCCUCCGUCUCACAGCCACCUGGAGACAUCACGGGAAGAAAAUGCACAGCAGGCUUCUAUUGCCCUUCAGGCACCAGCCACAUGCAGCCCUGCCCACCAGGCACAUUCAGCUCCCUAGAAGGGGCAGUAUCUCUAACAGAGUGUCAGUCGUGUUCACCGGGGCAGUACUGUGGAGACUACGGACUAAGUGCGCCAUCUGGCCCGUGCCGUCCAGGAUAUUACUGUGUUCUAAGUUCAGCCUCCCCCACGCCUCACCGUAACACGAGCAGUGAGUGCAAUGUGAAUGUGUCCGAUGCAGAACACCAGGGCUUCGCUGAGGUUCACCUCACCGGUGAUGUCUGUACUGCAGGGCAUUAUUGCCCCUCAGGAAGCUCCCAGCCUCUGCCCUGCCCACCAGGAACAUACGUGGGCCAACGUGGUUCUGUCUCUGAGCUUGACUGCGUGCCCUGUGCACCUGGGUUUUAUUGUCCCGACUGGGGCCAGAGCUCCGUUGAGUUGGGCUGCCCUGAGGGUUGGUUCUGCCCUGUAGGCUCUGUGACUGGACGUCAGCCUGGUCAGCAAUGCCCACCUGGUCAUUCGUGCCCAUAUGGCAGUGCUGAGCCCUCCGUCUGUCCCUCUGGCACCUACCAGUCUCGACCCGCUCAGCCAUCCUGCCAGACAUGCCCCCCAGGCUUUUACUGUCCAGACGGGGCAUCCACUCCCAUGCCCUGCCCAGCAGGCACACUGAGUCAGGUGGCAGGGUUGCUGGCUAAACAGGACUGCACUCCCUGCGCUCCAGGAUUUUACUGUAACGCUAGUGCACUCACCAGCCCCUCAGGGCCAUGUAUUGCUGGGCAUUUCUGUUUGUCCGGAGCCACAGAGCCAUCCCCAGUCUCUCAGGUGUAUGGAGACAUCUGCCCAUCAGGGCACUACUGUCCUGAGAGUAGCAGUGCUCCUUUGCCCUGUCCUGUUGGGCACUUUCUUCCAGAUAAAGGAGCUUCUUCUAUUGCUCUGUGCUUGCCCUGCCUUCCAGGCAGGUACUGCCCCACACUUGGCUCCUCUCAGCCAUCAGGGUUUUGCACCGCCGGUCACUACUGUACAGGAGGCUCAGAAACUGCAGCUCCGCACGCCAAACCUUCUCAGCGUGUGUGCUUCCGUGACGCCAUUCCAGAGUUCUGUGACCUCAUUCCAGAGCCCGGCCACUCGGCAUACUGUCCCGCACGUCCUGCUCCCACCCCAGGCAGCAACGCAGACUGCGGUAGGCGAGUGAUGUGCGCAGGCUUUAGAGGAGACAUCUGUCCCACAGGGUUCUACUGCCCCGUGGGGUCAUCGCUGCCCCAGCUAUGUGAUGCAGGCUCUCACUGCAAUCAGACUGGCCUCCAAACUCCUGCAGCCCUAUGUCCUGCUGGCUUUUACUGCCCUAAAGGUUCCUGGAGUCCUUUUACUACACUCUGUCCUGUUGGACACUAUUGCCCCAGAGGGACGACUUUGCCCCUGCCCUGCCAACUAGGCACACUGAAGAGUACUGCUGGGGGAGGCAGCAUAGAACACUGCUCUGUAUGCCCAUCCGGAUAUUUCUGUGACCAGAGAGGCCUAACAGAACCCAGUGGUCUGUGCUCGAAGGGCUAUUAUUGUCCUGGAGGGCAGAAUUCCUCUCAGCCUUUAGAGCAUAAAUGCAGAGUAGGUCACUACUGUGAAGAGGGAAGUGUGAGAGGUCGAGCAUGUCCUGUGGGUAGCUACCAGCCUUGUGAGGGCCAGCACGAAUGUGAGGUAUGCCUUGCUGGCUUCUCCUGCCCUGAGGAAGGUAUGACUCAUCCAGCCCCAUGUGAACCUGGAUUCUAUUGUCCAGCGGGAACAGCCAAUCAGAAGCCAUGUCCUGCAGGGACCUAUGGAAACAGGUCUGGCAUGACUGAAGCAUCUGAAUGCACCCCAUGUGACCCAGGCACAUACUGUGCAGGUGCAGGAAGUACCUCCCCCACUGGCCCCUGCACUGCUGGCUUCCUGUGCUUUGGUGCGGCUUCACUACCAUCCCCUACAGACAAUGUGACAGGCUCGCAGUGCCCACCAGGCUCGUACUGUCUCUCUGGGAGCCUUACUCCAACACUCUGCCCCAAAGGCACAUUCAGUGUGCAGCCUGGAUUGAAAGAUGCAGGGCAGUGCCAGAGCUGCUCCCCUGGCUUCUUUUGUUCGGAACCAGGCUUGUCUACACUUAGUGGUCCCUGCCUGCCAGGCUAUUACUGCACUGAGGGAUCUCCCACUGCAGCCCCUGUGUCUGCGGCGUUUGGGGAUCUGUGCCCUCCAGGGCAUUACUGUGGCAAUGGCAGCACUGUGCCCACCUCUUGCCCUGCAGGCACUCAUCGGCCUGAGAGAGGUGGAAAGGGCACAGGGGAUUGUAUGCCUUGCCCUGAAGGACUGUUUCAGGAUCAGAAAGGGCAAAAGGAGUGUAAACCCUGUCCUCCCGGCUUCCACUGCCCCUCCUCCACCCAACGGUCUGAUGGGAGCAGUGCUCCACUAAUCUGUCCAGAGGGUUAUUAUUGUCCAAAUGACACACUGUCAGGCAGGCCUGUUCCUUGCCCCAAAGGCACAUAUAGUAAUACUCAAGGCCUUUCAACAGCAGAUGAGUGCCUCGUAUGUCCGUUGGGCUAUUUCUGUGCUUCACACGGACUGGUCCAGCCUUCUGGGCGCUGUGCCUCCGGAUUCCUCUGUUUUGUGCGUGCCACAGUUCCUAACCCCAAUGACAACGACACAGGCACUCUUUGUCCACCGGGGGCAUACUGCCAGCUGGGAGUCAAAACUGGUGACUGCUCUCCAGGCUACUACUGUAAUUGGGGAUCUAGCAGCCCAGACCAGACACUCUGUCCAGCAGGAUUCUUUUGCCCAACAGGCACAGAGAGACCCAUUGCCUGUGGGGCAGGGACAUUCAGCUCAGUGAUGGGGAACAGUGUCAGAGAUAACUGUGAACCAUGCCCAGCAGGCUACUAUUGUCAGGGCGAAGGGGUGGUGGAACCUGCUGCGUGCCCCCAGGGGUUUUACUGCCCCUUAGGCACAGUGAUUGGCACAGAGUUCCCAUGCCCACAAGGGACAGUGCGUCCUCUGCCUGGAGCCUCUAGUGAAGAGGACUGCUUACCAUGCCCUUCAGGCAUGUUCUGUGCUUCUCCUGGGCUUUCCGAGCCUACUGGGCACUGCCAGGAUGGAUACCACUGCCCCCCUGGAGCCAUUAGCCCCAAUGCCACAGGACAAACAAUGGAAUCUGUUAGUAAUAACGUGUGCCCUCCUGGACACUACUGCCCAGUUGGCACUGGUUACCCUUUCCCGUGCCCUGCUGGCACAUUCUCCAGCACCCCAGGCUUAAGCAGAGUGGAGCAGUGCCAGCCAUGCCCACCGGGCCACUUCUGUGAGCAGCCUGCGAUGGUCCGACCCUCCGACGCUGUGCUCUGUGAUGCUGGGUAUGUGUGUCUGGGCGGCAGUCGCAGUGCUCGUCCGGUAGAUGGUCUAGAGGGAUACCUUUGUCCUAGUGGGUAUGGUUGCUCCAUUGGUACCUCUGCGGAAGUGCCUUGUCAGCCUGGCACCUAUAGCAGUGCCCCCGGGGCAGCCCACUGUCUCCCUUGCCCAGCUGGCACUAUGUGUCCCUCUUCAGCCACUCAGGAGCCUUCCCCAUGCCCUAAAGGUCAUUUCUGUCCUGCUGGUAGUGCCACAGGCCUGCAAUGCCCAGCGGGAACUCUUGGUCUGGUCAGCAGGGCUCAGUCUGAGGAUGCCUGCGUGGCCUGCCCAGCUGGUCUCUACUGUGGCCUCCCUGGCGCCUCUCAGCCACAAGGUCCAUGCCAGGAAGGAUAUUUUUGCCAGAGUGGCUCUUCACAUCCAGCCCCACUGAACACAUCCAAUGUCCUGAGGAAUGGCCCCUGCCCACAGGGCCACUUCUGCCCCUCAGGCACCCUCUCACCACUGCCCUGCCCAGCAGGCAGCGUUCGUAAUCUCACUGGUGGGUCUUCCAUAGAGAGCUGCCUGCCCUGUCCUUCUGGGUAUUACUGUGCCAGCGAGGGCCUAGAUUCUCCCAGUGGUCCCUGUGCUGCGGGCUUCUACUGCCCUGCAGGUUUCUCCUCCACCACACCUCACCCUUUCCUCUGUCCUAAGGGCCACUACUGUCCCUCGGGCUCUGCCCUGGCCUUGCCCUGUCCCAUGGGACAGUAUCAGCCCAAUCCAGGCUCAGACAGCUGCAUACCAUGCCGCCCAGGCUUCUACUGUGAAGAAGUAGUAUUGGGAGACCCUUUACCAUGCCCCCCUCACUCCUACUGCCCAGCAGCUACUAUGGUGCCACGGCUCUGCCCCAAUGGCACUUAUACUCCUCCCAAUAUAGGAGGUCUGCAGGAUGAGAGAGAGUGCCUGCCCUGCCCCUCAGGAAGGUUCUGCAGGGGCGGUCGGAUCCAAGGGCCGUGCGCCGCUGGCUAUUGGUGUGUGUCUGGAAGUUCUGAGUUGUCCCCGCAGGGCACCGUCCUGCACAACAGAAGCCAGUGUGAGUGGCGCCUACAGUGUGCUGGGCCCUGUCCUGCUGGGUUCUAUUGUCCAGAGGGCUCAGAACGACCUCAAGCCUGCCCUGCUAAUACUUUAAAAGAAACUGUGGGAGGAAGGAGCAUAAAUGAUUGCCUUCCCUGCCCAUCAAGACACUGGUGCAAAGAGGGUGAUCCUGUGCUCUACAUGUGUCCGGAGGGUCAUUACUGUGAUGGCAUAAUUGAUUAUGAGUCUAAGGGUAGGCCUGGUCCAAAGGAGUGUCCCCAGUUCACCUACCGUCCCACCGCUGGGGCCGGGAGUAAAGGGCACUGUGUCACGUGCCCCCCCGGAACUUUCUGCAAUGCUACAGGUCUCACUGAUUUCUCCAGUUUUCCCUGCCCCUCUGGUUACUGGUGCAGUGGGACAGGCCUGCCAGUCCCCUGCCCUGCAGGCACCAUGAGCGCACUACCAGGGGCAGCUUCUGCCAGCCAGUGUGAGCCCUGUGCAGCUGGUACCUUCUGCCCUGACCCUCGCCUUACAGGCCAGCCUAACACUGCAGGUAUUCCAUGCAGAGCAUCGUACCAGUGCCCCACAGGAUCAGCGGUGGAGACCUUGUGCAGAGCAGGUUCAUUCUGCAGACCACAAACUGGGGAACCUACACCAUGCCCUGCUGGCUACUACUGCCCUGAAGGCUCACGCACCUACAAUACACCCCAGCAAGUUUGCACAUACCCACAUUACUGCCCAGCCAACAGCUCUACAACGCUCUCCUGUGAUGGUGGGUUCAUGCCCUUGAACACCAGUGGCCCGAGGGUUUCUCACAACACUGCCUGCAUCCUGUGUAAGGCAGGGACCUAUCGGCCAAGCCACUCGCCUCACUUGCACUGCUUCACCUGCCCACCAGGCUACCACUGCCCUCCAGGUGCAGACCACUUUAGUGGUCAGUCAUGUCCAGUGGGGCACAUUUGCCCACUGGGGUCUUCCAGCCCUGUCCCAUGCCCUCCAGGCACCUACGGGAACCGCACCAAUGCAGAGCUCCUUGAGGAGUGCCACCAGUGCCCUCCAGGCACAUUCAACCACCUGCACGGCCAGAGAGCCUGCUUCCCUUGUGGGAGCUCCUCCACGUCAGGCCGAGGGGCAGCCUCGUGCACGUGCAUGGGCAAACACCGGGCAUUUCAACGGUCUGACGGUUCCUGUCUGUGCAAAGCUGGCUAUGUCUUCUAUGACGAACUGGACUUCAAGAGUUCCAGCGCUGACAGCGACCUGGACUGCCAGCCCGAGGUGAAUAAACGCUGUGGAGCUGGACAAGUGAGACUGGCUUCCUCCCAAGAGUGUGUUUCCCCCUCUCAAUACUCCUGUAACAUUACCUGUGGACCUCAGGGUGGGAGUUUGGACGUAGGCUUGGGCGUCUGUCACUGUGAGGUGUAUGUGUCAGCAGAGGAGCUGUGCGAUGCCUUGUGUAUGUCUACACUGCCGCUGCUGUCUGUCCGACUGUCUUCAGAUGGACAACUGCUGCUUAGGAUUAAAGAAAUUGAUGAAAGCAGGACCUGGAGCAGAAAGCUGCUGCAUGUGCUGGGGCCUGACGCUCACGUCAGCAACAUCGGAAACCUCCACUUUGUCCAGUUCUCCACAGAAGGACUGUUUGGUUGGAUUUUAAAGGACAUUGCACUGAUUGACACCUUUUUGUCAGAACCAUUUGAAAUUCUGGAUGGAAAUCAUAGAGAGAGAAGGCACCCCAUUGAGGAAGAGUUCCUGAUGUCCAGGCCCCUAUCUCGCAUCCGCAACCCCAUAGCCUGCCUGUCUCCCUCCGACAUGCUCAUCUUCCAGAUAACUAUCAACUUCACUGACCGCCUGCUCAGCCACUUCCCAGUCUAUCAGAAGGAUCAUUUAUUCAGCAGUAACCCGGCCUGGGACUUUGGCUCUUUCCGACGUUUGUCGCGCCUCAUCAGACAUUCCCGCAUCAACUCCACCAGGUUCGCGCAUGUGUUCUCUGAGCCCGGGCAGUAUGUGUUUACGGACAACGCGGUGCCAGACUGGAGCCUGGUCGUGGUGGUGAGAGACGUAGGCACGGAGUGCGACCGUGCCACCUUCCAGCCUGCCUCUCCGGCCCAGCUGGUGCGCCACGGGGUCAUCAGGAAGCAGCGCCUCAACCUCCUGCCUGACUGGGUCACUAUCACAGGGAUCUUGAUUCUGUUGCUGGUGCUUGUAGUCGUGACAACCGUGUCUGCCCUACUGCUGGGGUCUAACCGAACAAGUCUCAUUGCUCAUGGAAGACCCAAGCCCAAAUGGCGCAGCCUGGGACAACCUAGUGUUCCUGCCGAGUACAUUUACAGCGGAGAGCCCAGUGGACCGGCAGGACUCCGGGGGGCAGGUGAGGGUGCAGAAGCAGAGGAAGCUGCUGUAUGCACAGGAUGUAAGAAGACACUAAUGGAGCUGGAGGAGUUCAACGUGAAAACGCUGUAUGAUAAACUGGAGGACCAGAACCUGCACAUAGCAUCACAGCUUGCCAAGCACCGCAAAGACACACAGGAGUUCUACAGGAACAUCUGCCAGCAGACUGACGCCCUGCAGGACAUCUUGGAGAACAUGGAACCCUCAAAGGCUAUCGAAUGGAAGAAGAUGAUGGAGAAUGAUACACAAGCCAAGAAAGAAUUGAUCCGUGUGGAGCCAUGGCUAGGCUUGACAGAAGCUGUCAUCAGAUCUUUAGAGGCAGUGUUGUGCGGUUUGAAUAGAGAAAACACAGCAGCCAGCAGGCACAGAGACACUGCAGAGAGUGAGCGCCACACCAGCUACACCCAGAUUUCCUCGGCUGACAUGAGCAAAAUGAAAAUCAGGCCUGACACAGAGGUGACUUCCAGUGAUCCAACAGGCCAGUCGAGCACCGCAGCCUAUGUGAGUGAGGAAGAUCUGGGCAAGUUGGUGGCGUUGACCCCCCUCACCAGGACCCUCCAGGACAUCCAGCAGAGGCUACAGGCACUCGGCCACACGCCCAGAGCAGAGCAAGAGCUGAUAAUACCCAAUGACGCAGCAGAUGGUCAGCCAGCGCACCUGAUCCCUGUUGCCCUUGACAACCUCCCCCCACGGUGCUUUGCGGUCUUCCUGUUUGGUUGCCAGGUUGCGAGGCUUCUGAGCAGCGAGUGCUCCUUCCCCACCAUCAUGCUGCUGCCAGCCAGGGCUCUACCGCUCACACGCGCAUGCUUCCCAUGUGCCUGCUGCCAUGGUAACGUCUACUACGACACGCCCAACCAGAUCCUGUAUGUCCUCGAGAGCAAGCUCCAAAAUGCCGGGGAGUUUGUCUCUGUACUCUUACACUCCAUGGCCUACAUUAGUUCAGGCUCUGCUCCAAAAGACGUCAGUAGGGCUCUCCAUCUGGCUAUAUCUGCCCUCAGCACACAGCUAUUCCAUGUCUCCUUCGCGCCGGAGCGAUUGAAAGACGAGUUGGACGAGGAGAGUUCCCAGGUCGCCUUUGGAACAUUAGUGGAGGACUUCCUCAGCAUUCAGGUUCCUACAGAAACCCAGUUUUCUCCGGCUCUGCUGGCAGAACGCUUGCAGGACUACAAGUACUUCAAACUGGAGCAGCUCCUGUUGGAGUUGAAACCACCUCCGCCCAAGAGAUCCACACACAGUCCUGGACAGACGGGUCUUAAAAUGCCCGUGCAGGUACUUUGUGCGGAGCAGGAACUAGAGCGCCUUAAUGAAGUUUACCAACAGCUCAGCUCACGCCUUUCUGGUACAGUGCACACGGAAGAGAGCCAAUUACAUCUCAACAAAGCCCUACAGGAGCAGGCGUCGAUGUUGAAACUUCAACAGCACACAGUCGAGCAGAAGCUGAAGGAGAUGAGAGAGAGGCUGUCUAAAUUCAGCCCUGUCCGUAGAGCUGAGCGUCAGGGUGACAGCCCCUCCCAAACUACAGAGCAAGCACAUCCAGUCAGCCAGUCUCCCAGCCCACAGCUAAACAGUGGCGCAGAUGUCCAGGGUCCAGGCACUGAGUAGUCCCCCAGAUGUCCAGGGUCCAGGCACUGAGCAGUCCCCGAGAUGUCCAGGGUCCAGGCACUGAGCAGUCCCCCAGAUGUCCAGGGUCCAGGCACUGAGCAGUCCCCCAGAUGACCAGGGUCCAGGCACUGAGUAGUCCCCCAGAUGACCAGGGUCCAGGAGGAAACAACACUGUAAGCACCUGCAAGCUGUGCAGAGGGAAAAGACAGGGUGGCCUCAGCUGGUCUCCUAAAGAAAAAAAUAAAAUGCUUACAAAUAUUACUUUUUACCCUUUGACCCAUCCUGAAAUAUCAAAACAACUGAUCAUAAUGAUCUGAGUAUAAAGUAAAUACCAUUUUUAAUUUAAGACAAUUAAACCUUUUGCUUUAGUGUUUCCUAAACUAUGGCCAUGUCCCCUAAUUUAUUGACAGUUUCUGGACUUGUAAACGAUGUAGUUUUGUAUUUACAAUUUUGUGUCUCUUAUGUUCAUGUAUCAACUAUGCUGAAAUAUUGUUGAUUAAUCUUACAAAGAAAUUAACAAGUUUCUCUAUUUUAAUUAUACAUAUACUUUAGUUAAAUUUGUCUUUCAUGAUUGGUGGUUCUUUUUAUUUCCUAAUAGAAAUGGAAGCCCGUUCACUCCGAUAUAAAGAUGAUAAAAGCUUACUUUGUGUUUUUGCAAUAUAAAUUGCCUUCAUUUUUCAACCGGUUCCCUAAGGGUGACAGUUAACCAAUCAAGCAACAUCAUCAACCACUAUUUUAAUGAACUCUGUCUUAAAAGACCCGCCAGUUCUGUCUGGCUUUGGGGGAUAAAUGCUAAAACCAGCCUUUAUCACAAUGCUCCAUUUAUUUCUUUUAAGGGUUACCAUCUAUACCCACAUGUCUCUUCAACAGAUCGCGCACAUCACUAAACCUGUGGCCUCCUUCCCAGCAUUGCGCCCUGUUAAUUGGUGACUACUUCCAAAGUAUUCGCUCAAAAGAGAGUCGGCCUAUUGGGAACUGUUAGCUGGAGUAACCGCCCCCCCCUCCCCCCCGGAGCUCCCGCCCUCCACCCGCGUCGCCAGUGGACUGAUUAGGUUUCCAUCUUGCCCCUUAUCAAUUAGAUUAACGGUAAAAACGAUCGCGCGUGCUGCGCCUGGCCAACUAGCCACUUAACAUAGCUUUCAUCUGCUAUCGUGAAUGUCACACAUGACGUUGUGCCUUUUUGCCCUCGCUGUCGGUUUAACGAGGCAUUUGGAGACUGAGGCGUUUACAGGUUGGCAUUCUGUGUUUCUGCUGAGGGGGCUGUGCUCCCUGUUGUCAUAGCUAUUUCUGUCCUGGUUCUCUCCCUUACGAACAGCUGAGAGUUCAACGCUUAAACUGCAUAAACAAUUCGAUCUGGUGCAGCACACAGGCGACUUCUGUUUGCUGCAGCAGUCAGUGGUUUGUUGGUGCUAUGGGACCUUUGUAGAAGGAAUAGUCUUUCCAUUAAGGAACCCUACUCUAGUAAGUGUUUAAAUUUAUUAUUCAUACUGCAUAAAGUGAAUGUUUACUUAACUGCAUUGGUUUACCUAGUGGAAGUCUGGAAAGAUCUCCCAGUAAGUGUAGUACUACAUACAAGCAAACUUUCUUUGGAGGUGCAUCUCAUAUCUCAUAAACAGUACAAAUACAUACACAGAACAACAGUCUCAGUACAUGUGUUGUAUGUGGGGUAUAUCCCAGGGGGGUUACUGCCAGAUACGUGUAGGGUUCUGCUCAUUCUUUCCUGUUUUAGGAGCAGAGUUUCUUCCUUGAGUCUGUUGAUUAAACACAUAAUGUUGGAGAGUAACUCAAUACUGGAUGGUAGUUUGUGCUGGUCAGCUGCCAAGCUGCAGAGGACGAGGAAAAGAGCAAUAGCCCAGGAUCAUAAUCCUUCUGUGUAUGUACGGAAUAACGGAGAUACCACACAACUUGCAGAAUACAUGACAAAGCAAUCUGUUCCACUGGAUAACUGUUGGAUUUAUGCAGUUUCAUCUGUUCUGAUAUUUGAAAUACUACUACUGUUCAAUAAAAAUCUUUUUUUUUUAAUUUACCACGCAAACAGACAAUCAUGGCAGCUGCAGUAAGUAAUUCAUGAUCAAUGAUCAUAUAGACAUCUUAAAAUCUGUUCUUUUAUUUGAGUUUUUUCUUUUCACAUGUUGUUUACACUCUCCUAAACCAAAUGCCUAUUUGAAGUAUAGAUGAAAAAAGCAUCACAGUCCUGUUUUUUGCUGUUUUUGUUUGCAAUUUGUAUAAACAACAAUCGUAUUAAAGAAUAUGAUGGAAAUUAUAUCAAUUUUAUGUUCUAGAGUGCUGUGAUAUAAAAUCUAUUGUUAUUCAGUGCAUAUUAGAAGUUGACGUGCUUGUGAAAUGUAUUUGUUUGGAUGUCUUUAGCUUGCCUGAAACAGAGGAACAUGCGUUUGCGAUCACAGUGGAUAAGAAUGCUAGCUAAAAGUAAUGGCGGUAGCACAUUGUCCUGGAACAUCUGGAGUUCUAAGCGUUAAACUGAGAAGCUCCCUGCUCAUACCUGAAAUGGAAGGUGAGGAGGUCAACCCGCUGCAGGCUUUGGCAGAGUCAUGGUUUGUUCUUGCUUUCUUCACCUCACAGUUUAAGCUACAGGUGAAGAUCGUGGUCAGGGCAGGCAGCUACGUAAUGGAGCAGUAUUGUUUGUCUGUAAAGCGGGCAUGUCCUACCCAGGCUCAACAGCUGGUGCAGGUCAUAUUCGUUAUGCAGGGAGAACAACACUGGCCGGACCUGAUCACUGCUCCUUGCAGAGAGAGCCAAACAAAAUGUUAACCUCAUCUACCUUAUUCACAAAGGCCAGAACAUCCCAAAACCGCUUGGUCAUGUGUGCUUGGGAAGCUUUUCUACUUCCUCACGACUGACGCUGGUGAGAACGCACUCUUCUCUUGGGCUGAGGGCAUCACCAGACACUCCUGACCUGUGGCAUGCCAUUCAUAUCCAUCAGGUCUGCCUCAGCUGCCGACAUUAAACAGCAGGAAAGGAAACGUCAGUCUCAUAAAUCUGAAAUGCCUACACAAACGUGAGGUACAAAUGGCAGGUCUAUGAGGACACACAGGGUGAAGAAACAUCAAAACUUCAUGCUUUCAGCCACACUUCACUUGAAUACAGUCUAAAAGGGCCAUUGUGUUACACAUCUGUAGAUUACAGGAGAAUACUGUAUAUGCACAUUAAAAGUUCUUCACCAUUAUUGUAAAAUACAAUACACCCACAGUUAAAAUAUGCAGUACUUACCUCCGUGCAGCAUGGUAAUAAGCAUUUGUAGUCUGCUUGAGGUACCAGUCCAGCAAGCCUUUCAUAAGUCAAAGACAAAAGUGUGACUGAUCCAGGGAGGUGCGGUGGAGCAGCGUGCUGCGUUGGUUACCAUCACCUGACUCCUGUGUGCUGGAGAGACAAGAGCAUUGUUAAUCAAAGUGGAUAAUUUAGCAUGAAGCUUGCAUUCAGGGUUUAGACAUAUCAACUCUUUGGGAUACAAAUUAUGCACACCUUUCUGCAAGUAUGGCUAUUUUGGAGCAAAGACGCUGAAGUGCAUGAAUAAAUCACAUGCAUUACGUGCACACGAGUAGCCCUGGGUUAUUUGGGAGAACUCUCUGCUCCCACCCAGAUGGCAGAAACGCACAGCCGAGCCAAGCUCUCCCAAGGGUUCACGACCCCACCUAAGGGAAAUCCUCUCCACAUGCCUGACUCACUAUAUGGUGAGGAACAAAUGGCACUGUUUUGGUCUUACAAUAGCUACAAAUGCAAUCUACAAAUGUACACCAUAAUCUAUUUUAUAUUUUAGUGGGGUGGUAUAAUAAAUAUAAAUGUAACCUGAGCUGUUAAUAUGCAGUGGUAAUCAUUUAUAUUUCCUGACCAUUGUAGAAAAUAAAUAUUUGCUUUAUGUUUUUUUUUUUAAACCUUGGGUUGGGACCAAUUGCAGUGAGGAGCAAAAGGUUAGUUUGCUAUGGACAGUGGACUGCUGUGUGUGCUGUGUGUAGAGAUGUGUAGAGAUCAC